UGCCGUUAGACAACAAGAGAGUCGGUCUCCUCAACGGCUGUAUAAAAUCCACGCCAUUUCUUCUUCAUCUGAAAGCCUUUUUUAUUCUGACGAUUCUUCUUUCUUCGAGAGAGAUAGAGAGAGAUGGAGUCCACCAAAACUGCAAUGGAGGCCUUCGAGAAGCUAGAGAAGGUCGGAGAAGGAACAUAUGGCAAAGUAUACAGAGCCAGAGAGAGAGCCACCGGAAGAAUCAUCGCCCUUAAGAAAACCAAACUUCAUGAAGACGAUGAAGGCGUCCCCCCAACAACGCUUCGAGAGAUCUCGAUCUUGCGAAUGCUCUCCCGUGAUCCUCAUGUCGUCAAUAAUCAAAUCGAAAUGCCAUUAACGAAAUCAAACAGGCUGUUGGAUGUGAAGCAAGGUGUGAACAAAGAUGGGAAGACAGUCCUCUACUUGGUCUUCGAGUACAUGGAAACGGAUUUAAAGAAAUUCAUCAGAUCCUUUAGGCAAACUGGUGAAAACAUUCAACCCAACGUCGUCAAGUGCUUGAUGUACCAGCUUUGUAAGGGCGUUGCUUUCUGCCAUGCCCAUGGUGUAUUACACAGGGAUCUUAAGCCCCACAAUCUUUUGAUGGACAAAAAGACAUUGAUACUUAAAAUAGCAGACCUUGGACUUGCCAGAGCUUUUACUCUACCAAUCAAGAAGUAUACUCAUGAGAUAUUAACCCUUUGGUAUAGAGCUCCAGAAGUCCUUUUGGGUGCUACUCAUUAUUCAACAGCUGUUGACAUGUGGUCUGUUGGCUGCAUAUUUGCUGAACUAGUCACAAAAACUGCUCUUUUUGCUGGUGAUUCAGAGCUUCAACAGCUCCUGCAUAUUUUCAGAUUGUUGGGUACUCCAAAUGAAGAAAUCUGGCCAGGAGUUAGCAAGCUUAAAGACUGGCAUGAAUAUCCUCAAUGGAAGCCUAAGCCAAUUUCAACCUGUGUACCAAAUCUUGAUGAAGAUGGGCUUAAUCUUCUUUCGCAAAUGUUGGAGUAUGAGCCAUCAAAACGGAUUUCUGCAAAGAAGGCAAUGGAGCAUCCGUAUUUUGAUGAUCUGGACAAGACCCAUUUAUGAAGUUCUCUUGUCGUUGCUUAUCUCGAGCAUAAUUUUUUUUUUUGAAAGUCUUUGAUAGAUAACAAAAUGUCAACAUGUUGUUUCAUUCUAUUUGUUAUACAAUUUUCUUCAGAUUCUAAUGCAAAAUAAUAUGUUAUUGAUCUGCAA